CGAAAUCAUAAGUGCAGUAGCACGUUUGGAAAAUUUAAACAGACGAUGAAAUUUAGGGAUUCGAUUUAGAUCUAGAAUUUGAAAGGCCAAAGGAUUAUUAAAGAUGUGAUUGUGGACUUUUCCGUUUAUGACUCCCCGAAAUCACGAAGCCGACUUUUGGCGUUCCUGUCACUUCCUAGCAGUCAGCUUAGUCGUCUCAUCUGCCAGUCGUCUGGUUCGCUCUUGUCUUCUAUAGGCUUCUGUAAGCAUCCACUGCCAGAAUGGCGGAAGUGGCGGGGGAUUCUGUUUGUCUGUAUUGCUCAUCAACGGAUAUUGAGACAGACUACAGCAAGGGACAGUCGUAUUGCACCAAUUGUGGCGCCUUUCAAGAGCAGGAACUGAUAACCAACAGCCUUCAGUAUGAAACCGGACCGUCGGGCCACAACACCCAAGCUGGGCGGACCGUCCGUUUGGACACCCAAGGAUACCUUGGCCAAACGGGUAAUCCUCUGAAAGGCGGAAUUGCUCGUUCUUCCAAGGAGACGACGCUGCAACGCAACGAGGAUCGCCUCCGUGGUUUGGGCAGUUUAUCAAAAUGCGAUGCUGCAGUGUGUAUGCAUGCCUUCCGUAUCUAUAGAAUGGCGUACGAUGCUGGCAUGACACGCAAACGGUCCAUUGACGUUCUGUUAUCCGCUUGCCUGUACAUUUCUUCCCGUCGGUGUAAAACCGGACAUAUGUUAGCGGAUUUUGUGCCACACCUUCCCGGAGAUAUCUUCGAUCUCGCCAAAACCGUCCGCUUCCUCGUAACUCGUCUGUGUAUAGAUGUCCCUAUGCAGAACCCAGUGCAUCAAGUGGAGAGAUUCUGCAAUGCACUGGUGGAGGACAAGGUUCUCGUCCAGAAGCUGGUUACGAUGGCCCGCAAAAUUGUUGAACGAAUGCGCAUGGACUGGAUCGAUGCCGGGCGUAAGCCAAGCGCAGUGGCAGCGGCGGCCGUGAUCAUCGCUUGCAGGGUGUACAAUUACGAAGUGGAUCUCGAGACAGUCGCCAGUGUGGCGCAAGUUGCUGGUGUGACUAUUCGUCGGCGGUUAAUUGAGUUCGCCAGGACGCAGAGUGCCAGAUACAUGCCCAGUCAGUUCGGCACCCCAGAGAUGGAAAAUCUUCCACGGGCGCAGUAUCAUCCGGCCAUAUUCCAGGCCCGUAAAGGCAAGACAAGUGGCCCGUGGAUGGUGCAGGCUGCAGAGCGCAAAAAAUACGCGCUCUGUUUGAGGCAGUUGUUAGCAGCGAUUAUCGAUGGAUUGAAGGAUGAAAAUAAAUACAAUGAUGAACAGUGGAGCGAUCUCGGACACAGCUUGAUUGUACUGAACACCACUUUAGAAAUGGUGGAAUCCCGGUGGAAACUGAGUUACGAGAAGAGUUUGUUCAUUGCCACCAAUCUUCGCCCAGCGAUUACGGAUGAAGAAUAUGAAACCGGUAAAGAGAUUGUGUGUCACGAAUACCUUCACUCCCUAAUGUGCAACCAAGCCGAACAAAAAAUUCGUUACUUAUACCUUAACGAGAAGCAUGGUGACUUGUUGACUAAACGAGCGGAAAAGAAGCGCGAAAUGGAAAGCGAAGAAGCAACCGGCAAAAGCAAGCGUAGUACAAGAAGGAGAACUGGUAAGGCUGCUCAUGGACCACGUCAAGGAGAACCUAAGCCCUCGGAGGUGGUGCAGACGUCCACCAAGGUUGACUAUGAUAGGUUCAACGACUAUUUGAAAAAUUUCGACGGAACCAAUGAUGACUUUUAACUUGUCGCUGUUGCGGUUUGGCCUGGUCAGGUAUAAAUGGCGGUGAAGAUUUCGGGGUUUAUAAUUAUUUUAUACAUGUUCAGCGAAGGUUGACUUUUGUAGACGGAUGGAUGAUAUAUCUCUUCGUAUGUUUGUCUUUUUAUUCUGAUGGACGCAUAGACGGAACUCUGAAGCAAGUCCAUUGACUUUUCGCACAGAUGUUGUUUUAUUCAGCAUUUAGGUAAUUUUGAAAGGCGUGAUAGGUAUCAUGAUUGCCAUUUAACUAAAUGAAAUGGGCUUAUAUAAAACUGUAGCCAGAAUAAAUGAUUCAACAGCUCGUUACAAGGCACGACAGCGGAGUGAUAGAUGAGUUAUCUUCAUUUACUGUUUUUGUUCUUGAUGUUAGUAAUAACACUAUCAUUAAAUUUCUUAAGGAAAGAGCAACAAUUGUAAACCCAUUUAAGAAACAAGAACAAAUGCAUCACCUCAG